AUGUCUGUAGGUAUUGGACAUAUACACAACGUGGUCGUCAGUACUGGACUUGUCUAUUCACAGAACGGAAAAGUUUACCAAUCUCACAAGGGCCAAAAUUUCCUUUCGGUUCCGAAGAAGAUAAGCCGAAGGAGAAGCUCUCUUAGCUUGACCAGCGGAUCUGAGGAAAGCGACUGUGAACCCUCUCCUCCCCUGUCGCGGCGGGGACGACGGGCAGCCAUCGUGGACACCAAGAACUUUGGAGAUGUAUCACCGACCAACUUGUCUCCGGAGGUGUCCCCCAGCAACUCGUGUGACGAGGGGGAGGGUGCAAGUAAUAUAGCCAAGAGAUUACGGCGGCGCCGGAGUUCCGUGGAGCUGGCCAUGAGCAUCUAUCCCGGGGACCUCCUGGUUCAGGAGCAUCACAAGAAACUCCUCAAACGGAACACGGUGGCCGACUUCCACGCCCUACGUCACGGCUCGAGCUCCACCUCCACCAUUAAUGACGAUGCAAAGAAAGGUCGGCAGCCGUUUUCCUUGUUAAAACUGAUGAAAUCCAGGAGCAAGGAAGCCUUGUCUAAACUUGAGGACGUGCUGGCCGGGAUGAAACCCUCGGAGUUUAAGGAUAAUUACUUGGCUGUAUAUAAGAGUUUACAUUGGUCGGACCUAAUAGCAAGCUCGGACAAACAGACUGAGCAGAUGUGUCUAUCCGACAUGGAGCGAAAACGUCGUGAAGCGGUUUGGGAACUGUUUAAAAGCGAAUGUGUGUUCCUUAUAAACCACCUGAUGGUGUUGAAACACUGUUUUAUGGAACCCCUUAAGAAAGUCCAGGUAGAGGGUCAUCUCAUGUAUGCGGAGCCACAAGAUCUCUUCGGCAAUCUGGACGAAAUCUGUUAUGUAAGCUACACCUUCUGUAAAGACUUUAUCGCGGCUCUACUGAAAGGCAUGAGCUCUACCGAGUUCGGAAGUACUCGGGUUCUCCUGAAAGCCUUUGAAAGGUUUUCUACGCAUUCCAAGGGUGGCGAUAUUUAUCACACCUACUGCCUCAACUACACAAACGCCCUCACAUACCUGGAAAAACUACGCCGUCAUGAUGACUUCACGGAAUUUGAGAGGUGGUGUGAACAGGACCCUCGAUGUAAGCGCCUUCAGCUAACUGAUCUGUUGGUAGCCCCAAUGCAGCACUGUACAAAGCUUCCGCUUCUUCUCGGCAAUAUUCGGAAAUACACGGAAUGUGACGAAGAGAUAAGUCAAUUAACUGACUCCAUUGAGAGAGUGGAGAUGUCUUUACAGAACAUGGAGGAAAAGAUCAAGUGGGUAAAGAACUACGAGCGAGUACAGGAAGUACAGAGACAGCUCGUCUGGCCUCCUGUCACAGAACUCGAGCCAAGGGUCUUCAUUCCCGAGUACCUGAAGAAUACAUUACUGAAGCAGCCUUGUGAACGACUACUGGCAUGUCCCCAGCGACAACUAUUACAUGAGGGACAGCUCACUCUUGUUGAAUCCACAAAAACUACAGACGUGUAUCUGUUCCUGUUUGACGACAUCCUGUUGAUAACGAGAGUCAAAAAAUCUGCCCGAAAGAAACAGUCCCAACUUGAAGCUAGCGGUGCACAAGCGUCAUGUGAUAAAAUUACGUACAUAGUACACAAGCAGCCGGUGGCCUUAGAUAGACUCAGUGUUCACGAUAUCAGCCAAUCAGAGGCUGCAGCUAAUGGCGUCAAGUGUGCCUUUGUUAUCGUCCAAAUCAGUCGAUUCCAGCAAAUCAUAGGUGUUUACACCCUUCAGUCGCCUACCGACGCAGCAAAGAAUGCCUGGUUGGAAAAACUGAGUGAAGCUAGAGAGAAAUUUACCAACAAAGAGGAUUCAAAUCAAGAUUUAAAUAAUGACAAUAUGGACGUCAAGGAAAAUAGAGAAACACGGAUGGCGGACAUCUCAUUCUCCUCACCCCGAAGGCAGCGCAAAAACGGAAUUCUGAAAUCUUCCCACACCAAAUCUUUGUCUGUUGAUUCGGUUUAUAUAUAGGACAUUGACGAGGCGUCAUAUAAUCAUCCUGUCGAAAUCACAAUCAAUCACCUCAAAUGACGUGUGACCUAUAAAUCCAUAGUGAAGACUGGUUUAUCCAAUACGGAUUAUGCGUUUCAUAAGGUUUAUAAAUGGUGUCAGCAAAUCCACUUGUCAAAGUCACAUCAUGUGGAGGCAUACCUUUAUCGUAUUGUUCGGGAAAUUCUGUCGUCUACUUACUUAUUUAAUCAAAUGUUCAUUGAAUUUCAAGUGCCUGUAUGUUUUUUACAAAUAGUACCAGACUCAUCAUAUUUCGGAAAAACAUAUAAAAGCUAAUUUGACAGGCUGUUGAAAAAGUCGGAGAAUGGGUUAGGCAGUUUUCACUAUAAAACAGUUACCGUAAUUUGCAUGGCUGUAUUUUGGAAGUCACGUGGGGCGAUCACCAAAAUAUUUACGGGUACAAUUUUGUACGUACGUUCAUAAUGCCAUGUAUGGCCGUGACCAAGUUGUACCGAUACAAUGUCCAAUACGAUAUUCACUUUAUUGUACAUGUGUAAUAUUGUGUGUGAUCACUGCUAUAUUGUACAGGUGUAAUAUUGUGUGUUUGAUCACUGUUAUAUUGUACAGGUGUAAUAUUGUGUGUGAUUACUGCUAUAUCAUACAGGUGUAAUAUUGUAUGGGAUCACUGCUAUAUUGUACCGGUGUAAUAUUGUGUUUGAUCACUGCUAUAUUGUACUGGUGUAAUAUUGUGUGUUUGAUCACUGCUAUAUUGUGCAUGUAUAAUAUUGUGUGUGAUCACUGUUAUAUUGUA